UCUCUCUCUCUCUCUCUCUCUCUCUCUCUCUCUCUCUCUCAUUUAUGUCACAGAAAUAAGGCAUUUCUACAAAUAAAAAAUAGCUUUUAAUCACUUGUAGAGCUCAUCAUCACCACCAUCAUCACACCCAUAUUCACCUUCUUCUUCUUCUUCUUACUCAUGGGAAGAGGGGAGAUGUUUGUUCCUAUGGUCUUUGUUUUGCUGCAUCUAUGUGUGGGAGCAAUCCAUAGGAAAGGAGGAGAAGGAGAAGAAGGUGAUAGGAUAGUAGCACUGCCCGGCCAGCCCAAUGUGUCUUUUGAGCAGUACUCGGGCUAUGUCACUGUUAAUGCACGGGCUGGGAGAGCUCUCUUCUAUUGGCUCACUGAGGCUGCUACUGCACCAGAGUCUAAACCUUUGGUCAUAUGGCUAAAUGGAGGUCCUGGUUGCUCUUCGAUCGCUUAUGGUGCAUCAGAAGAGAUUGGUCCAUUCCGGCUACACAAGAGCGGGUCCCGUCUAAACCUUAACAAGCACUCCUGGAACCUUGUGGCUAACCUUCUCUUUCUCGAAGCGCCUGCGGGCGUCGGAUUCUCUUAUACCAACACAUCUUUCGAUCUCAACGAUACCGGUGAUCGGCGCACCGCUGAGGACUCGUUGAUAUUCUUAAUCCGAUGGUUGGAUCGUUUCCCGUGCUACAAAAAUCGAGAAAUCUAUUUGACUGGAGAGAGCUAUGCAGGGCACUAUGUCCCUCAGUUGGCAAGAGAGAUUAAAGCAUACAACGCCAGAACUAAGCAUCCCAUUAAUCUCAAAGGAUUUAUGGUUGGAAAUGCAGUCACAGAUAACUACUAUGACAACCUAGGAACAGUGACAUACUGGUGGAGCCAUGCCAUGAUCUCUGAUAGGACAUACAAGAAACUCCUACGCACAUGCAAUUUCCAUCAGCAGAAGCAAUCAAACGCAUGCGAACUAUUGUACGCAUAUGCAAUGGAUCAAGAAUUUGGUAACAUUGACCAAUACAACAUAUAUGCUGCCCCUUGCAAUAACUCCGAUGGCAUUAGCGCAACACGUAGGAGCCUACAUUCGCCUCUUCUCCCCCAAAAUACGGUAUUGCGGCAAAUUUCCGGCUAUGAUCCAUGUACAGAAAAGUAUGCAGAGGUUUAUUACAAUAGGCCGGAUGUUCAAAGAGCCCUACAUGCCAACACCACAAAAAUUCCUUACAAAUGGACUGCUUGCAGUGAAACUCUAAACCGGAAUUGGAAUGACACGGAACUUUCAGUUCUGCCCAUUUACAAGGAGUUGAUAGCUGCUGGUUUGAGAAUUUGGGUUUUCAGUGGUGACGUUGACUCGGUCGUGCCAGUUACUGCCACUAGAUUUUCCCUUGCACAGCUCAGAUUGGCAACCAAAAUUCCAUGGUAUCCAUGGUAUGUUAAGAAGCAGGUGGGAGGUUGGACAGAGGUUUAUGAAGGGCUAACCUUUGCAACUGUAAGAGGGGCAGGCCAUGAAGUUCCUCUUUUCAAACCAAGGGAAGCCCUUCAGCUAUUCAGGUCAUUUUUAAGGGGAGAGCCUCUACCGAAUUCCUGAUUUUUUUUUCUAAGUAAAACCCAGGUCAUUUUACAUCAUUGAUUGAUCUAGAAAAUGCAAAGGAUCUUAUAGCAGAGAGAGAGAGAGAGAGAGAGAGAGAGAGAGAGAGAGAAGAGGAAGAAGAAGAAGAAGAAGAAGCAGAUAUAUAGGUAACAAUGCAAAUGAUGUUGAUUAUGUUCUAUUGAUUUGGAUCUCCAAUGGAGGGAAAUAAGGAAAGGAGCAUUUAGUUGACUUUUUGACAAAUGUAUGUGAACGGGUUGUUUGCGAUGUGUUGUUUGACAAAGUUGAUUGUUUGUAUUGAUUUGUUUGCAAUGGGUUGUAUCAUUGAUGCAGACAAUUGUACUAUUUGUAUGGGGUGUAUCAUUGACAUGUUGAAGAUUUAAUAUGUUUUAUUUGAAUGGUUCCUUUGUUUAUAA